UCGCCAUGCAGAAGGCACUCAUCGCUGUCGUCGUGAUCGCCGCCUGUGUCGGAGCCAGCUCUGCAAAGGUGAAAUGUUCUGAUCGGUGCAAAGAACUGGCAAGACAGACUAAUUAUGAACCAGAUCCCCUUACGUGUGGUGACGUAGUUAUUGAAUAUAGGAAAACUGGCUGCGACGACCAAUGCCUGAAUUAUAAGCCUAGAUCUGCUUCAACAGAGGAAGGCGGAUCGGCUCGCAUCAACGCGCGAUCCCACUCGCGUAAAUUGGCUGCACAUCGUUCCAGACAUGCUCCUCUGCACGACCGCAGUAAUCACCACUAGAGGCAGAAGUGGAUUGUAUGAUGUUUCUAUA